AUGUACGGCAUCAGACGCCUCGUGACGCGCCUGUCAUUGCUCGCGCUCAUCUCAGCUUCUCAAUGCACUGCCCUUUGUUCGGCUUCAGAUGAAUCUGAAUUUCCGACGGUCGCACUUGACAACGGGACUUUUGUAGGCGUGACGGAGGGACCCAUAUCCAUCUUCCGCGGUAUCCCGUUUGCUCAGCCACCAAUUGGAGACCUUCGGCUUCGACUUCCAGUAGCAAACGAUCCAUACAAUGGAACGUAUGAUGCCACCGCAUUUGGGGCAUCGUGCAUACAGCAACUCAGCAGCGACAAGAACCUCACGGGGCUGAAUCCUGUUGCUGCGACUAUUCUUGAAGGAUUCCUCAGUGACUCGAAUAUCACGGACAGUGAAGACUGUCUGACUAUCAAUGUCUACACCCCGGCCAAUGCGACCGAGAACUCACAGUUACCUGUCGUCUUUUGGAUCUACGGAGGGGGUUUCGAGGAUGGGCAAACGGCAAGCUUCAAUGGGUCCGUCAUCGUGGAGAGAGCUUUGCAGCUCGAGCUGCCGGUUGUCUACGUGUCAGUCAACUAUAGGCUCUCUGCGCUGGGGUUCCCUGGAGGUAGAGAGGCUCGGGAUGCAGGAGUCGAAAAUCUAGGACUGCAAGACCAGCGUCUGGGCAUGCGCUGGGUGCAGAAGCACAUUUCCGCCUUUGGAGGCGAUCCCUCGAAGGUGAUCAUUUGGGGAGAGAGUGCAGGCGCGAUCUCGGUCGCUUUGCACAUGCUGACCAACAACGGUGACAAUGAAGGCCUCUUCCGUGGCGCCUUCAUGCAGUCUGGCAGCCCUACUUGGACAGGGACGAUGCCGGAAGACGAUGGCCAAUCUAACUUCGACCAGUUUGCAAGCGACGCGGGAUGUGGCUCCUACCUGGGAAACGUGACAGUCCUCGACUGUCUUCGCAACGUGUCUACAGUCGAUCUCCGCGCGGCUAUCCAAGCUUCUGCGGAUAUAUUCGACUACUCGAGUUUGAACUUGGCUUGGAUGCCGCGCGUAGGUGGCACAUUUGUGCCAGAUAUACCAACGAGACUUGUGCUUAACGGUUCUGUGGCCGAUGUGCCAUUCGUGACGGGUGAUUGCGAUGAUGAGGGAACGCUCUUCAGCCUGAGCAAUAGCAACAUAACCACCGAGGAGGAACUCCGUCAAUAUCUCCCUCGCUUCUUUCCGUUUCCUACGAACUUCACUGACAUCGACGAUGUCCUCGCCGCAUACCCUGAAGACCCAGAGCUAGGCUCUCCUUUCGAGACCGGUCUUGAGAACGCUGUUACGCCGCAAUUCAAGCGAAUCAGUGCGAUACUGGGCGAUCUCAUCUUCCAGGCCCCACGCCGGCUAUUCCUCUCUGAACGCUCCGAAAACAACACUGCCUUUGCGUUCUUGAGCAAGAGGCUGACAUCAAACCCCGUCCCGACUUUGGGCGCUUACCAUAGCACCGACUUACAGAACGUUUACGGACCUGGAGACCUCACAGACGCAUUGAUCAACUUCGCAACGAACCUGGACCCUAACGGCCCCACGCUCAUCGACUGGCCCGCAUACACAGCAGACUCGCCGAUGCUGCUCGCUCUGCUGGACGGGAAAGUGACGCAGGAGCUCGUCAAUGACACCUUCCGCGAAGAGGGGAUGCUGGUCAUUAACCGGAUUGUCCUUACCAACUCGAUGUUAUGA